UCCUGGGCCAGGUGACCGAGUCCAUCACGUCUAUGACCCAAUGCCACCUCGGGACAGUGAAUAAAGUCACUAAUACAAGAACAUCAAGUGUACUGAACUUUGAUCUAAAAACACCAAGUGCAUUUCUAAGGCUGCUGCAGAGACCAAGCAGCGGCUGUGUGUACUCCGGCGUCCACGGCUUCCAGCAGGAGGAGAUCACAGAGAAGCUGCGGGCCUUCCCCGGAGGCUCCGUUGACCUGCACCAACAGGAGUCCGGCAUCGCCGUGCUCACCAUCAACCACCCGUCCCGCAUGAACGCCUUCUCCGGCAGCAUGAUGGUGGAAUUAGAGGAGAGGGUGAGCCAGCUGGAGAGCUGGAUGGACGGGAAAGGCGUCAUUGUUCGGGGCGCUGAUGGGACUUUCUGCUCUGGGUCGGACCUCACUGCGGUCCGAGCGAUAUCCAACCCACAGGAUGGGAUGAAGAUGUGUAUGUUCAUGCAGAAUGCUCUCACAAGACUUCUCAGGUUGCCUCUGAUCUCCGUCGCGUUGGUGGAGGGCAGAGCGCUGGGAGGAGGAGCAGAACUCACCACCGCCUGUGAUUUCAGGUUAAUGGCAUCUGGCAGUGUGAUCCAGUUCGUCCAUAAGCACAUGGGCCUGGUCCCGGGCUGGGGCGGCGCCGCUCGACUGACCCGCAUCGUCGGAGGCCAGAACGCCCUGAAGCUGCUCGGCGGCGCCCUGAAAGUGGAUUCCGGGCUGGGCCUGCGGAUCGGACUGGCGGACGGAGUUGUGGAGGCCCCCGGGGCAGCGGAAGGGGCGGGGGCCGCCCUUCGGCAGGCGGAGAACUGGCUCAGUCACUACACAGGGGGAGCCGCCCCGGUGAUCCGGGCUGUGAAGAAGGUGGUGUCGUCGGGCAGAGAGCUCCCGCUGUCGGAGGCCCUGAGGACUGAGAAGGAGGUGUUCGGGACGGUGUGGGGCGGGCAGGCCAACCUGCAGGCUCUGGCUAGCAAGUCCAAACACAGGUGAGCUGAGAAGCACGCGGUCAGACUUGUGUCACGGACUGACUCGUAUUUUACAUCAACCACCUUGAGUUCUUUGAUGUGCUGAAGAAAGCCACGAUGCUCUCACGUAGAAAGCUGAGUGCUGAAUAAAGAGAUACAUGAUUGUACACUUGAUCAUUUUCAAUAAAGCAGAUGGAGCGCUGCCUCUGAUGCACUAAAACCAGAUCUUUCUUUGGCUGUUAUUGAUCUAGUUUUGGUACCUCUUCAUGUGACAUCUCACCAACGUUAACAACUGUGAACAUGCUGAUAUCAUUCCACGGGUCUCACAGCCUUAUCUUCAGCGUGGACAAAAAUCUGAAUCCCAAUGUCCCCAUCAGUCAAACAAAUGACCUCAUUGUCUCCAGAGAACAUGACUAAGUUAAUAAUGAGUGGACUGAAGCAACAGAUAGCAGCAAUUAGAUCACGAUGAGCUAGAACAGGCACGUUCCAAUGUUAGUGUUGUCUUUGUGGCCUUGGUCAUCUCCAUUCUCUCUGCGUUCUACCGGGAGAUUGGUGCUGUGGUACGAGGGGUUACGUGGCUGGUUUUCAGUUCAGACUCUUGUGAAAAGAUGCUGAGACACAGGGAUCAGAUAAUGCACACACAGCGUUUUCCUUGUAUGGCGUGGCAACAAUUUUCUGCUCAUUUUUUAGUUUCACACUUAAAACG